AGUCGGGGCGCCCAGACUUCGCGAAGCGCAGCGCCUGCCGCCCUGUGCGCCUCGCUCUGGGCUCCGUCUCGCCGCAGCCCAGGGGCACCAGCGCCGGCAAAGGACGCUGGAGGGACAGUGCCCCGAGACAGCGUACCUGAGUCGGAUGUUGUGAGAGUGGUGCUUUGAUAAAGCUCGGGAGAAAAAGGAGAGGGUUUGGAGUGAGACUUCUGGAGCCAGUGGAACGCCCCAGUUCGCCCAGUGCGACGCGGCUGCACGCACCGUCCACAAGGACCCUUCCAUUCAGAAGAAAUGCUGUGGCGAUUCCCAUUACCCACCCAAAAUGGAACACAGGAAACUACAUAGUUGAAGGAAUUACAGCCUCCUACGAAUGAAGGACAUUCAAGUCUACAUAGUUUCCAGCUGAAGGAAAAUAACCAAAAGCUUCUCCACAGUGUAAACUGGGACAGAGAAACCAUGAACAUCACUAACUGUACCACAGAAGCCAGUGUGGCUGUGAGAGCCAAGACCAUCACCGAGAAGAUGCUCAUUUCCAUGACUCUGGUGAUCAUCACCACCCUGACCAUGUUGCUAAAUGUAGCGGUAAUUAUGGCCAUCUGCACCACCAAGAAGCUCCACCAGCCCGCCAACUACCUGAUCUGUUCUCUGGCCGUGACAGACCUCCUGGUGGCAGUGCUAGUUAUGCCCUUGAGUAUCAUGUACAUUGUCAUGGACAGCUGGAAACUAGGGUACUUCAUCUGUGAAGUGUGGCUGAGUGUAGACAUGACCUGCUGCACCUGCUCCAUCCUCCAUCUGUGUGUGAUUGCCCUGGACAGGUACUGGGCCAUCACCAAUGCUAUUGAGUAUGCCAGGAAGAGGACUGCCAAGAGGGCAGGACUGAUGAUCCUCACUGUCUGGACUAUCUCCAUCUUCAUCUCCAUGCCCCCUCUAUUCUGGAGGAGCCACCGCCAACUCAGCCCACCCCCCAGUCAGUGCACCAUCCAGCAUGACCAUGUCAUCUACACCAUUUACUCCACUCUCGGGGCAUUUUAUAUCCCCUUGACUUUGAUACUGAUUCUCUAUUACCGGAUUUACCACGCAGCCAAGAACCUUUACCAGAAAAGAGGGUCAAGUAGGCACUUAAGCAACAGGAGCACAGAUAGCCAAAAUUCAUUUGCGAAUUGUAAACUUACACAGACCUUCUGUGUGUCUGACUUCUCCACCUCAGACCCUACCACAGAGUUUGAAAAGAUCCACACCUCCUUCAGGAUCCCUCCCUUUGACAAUGAUCUAGAUCAUCCAGGAGAACGCCAACAGAUCUCUAGUACCAGAGAGCGCAAGGCAGCACGCAUCCUAGGGUUGAUUUUGGGUGCAUUCAUUUUGUCAUGGCUGCCAUUUUUCAUCAAAGAGUUGAUUGUAGGUCUAAGCAUCUAUACUGUAUCCUCUGAAGUGGCCGAUUUUUUUACAUGGCUUGGUUAUGUUAAUUCUCUGAUCAACCCUCUGCUCUACACAAGUUUUAAUGAAGACUUUAAGCUGGCUUUUAAAAAGCUCAUUAGGUGCCGAGAACAUACUUAGGUUGUAAAAAACCAAGAGGCAGGAAUUUGACCAGCCUUGUGAGUGGACAGGGAUAAGGGGUGCAACUUCUUAAUUCUUGAAUGUAGUUGGUUCAGGAGAGUUUGUAAGUAUGUGUAGUCUUGUUUUUUUGUUUGUUCUAUUUUGUUUAAGGCUUGUUAUUUGGUGUUCUGUUUUCUAUUUCUGGUCUUGUUUGUCGUACCUCAUUACAAAGAAACAUUAUCAUA